GCACCGCGGAUCCAAAAGCAUCAAACAGUCUUCAGACCUCCUCAUCGACUCUUCAGUCAAUCAACCAAAACCAACCACCAACAUGAAAUUCUUCGUUGCUGUCAUGCUCCUGGCCCUCGCCGCCGUCGCUCUGGCCGACACGAAGCCCCAGGAAGUUGAAUCCGUGGAACCAUCCAACACCCAAGCAAGGGACAAGCGAGGCGUUUUGUUGGGCGCUGCUGCCUACACGGCGCCUGUUGCCUACAGCGCCUACACCGCUCCUGUAGCACCGGUUGCCGCCUACUCGGCGUACAGCGCGUACCCCUACGCUUACUCUGCUUAUCCUUACUACUCGGCUGCCUACGCAAGCGCUCCCUACAUCGUCGGUUAGAAAUCCUUCUGCCGAUCUUCGUCCACUCGAAGACUGACGACGACCCGCGUGAACAAUGAAGUGAAUUUCAAUUAAUCGUUGACAAUUUCGUACUUUCGUAGAAAACCAGGAAGCGAGCAUUUUACAAUUGCAAAGUGUUCGACCGAUUGCAGCAUUGAUAUCUUGUUCUUUUUUUUCUCCUUUUCACCUUACGAUCAAAGCGCUGACUGAUGUUUACGAUAAAAUUUAAGAUUCAUCCAAAGGCGGGUGGAUACAGGAAAUGUGAACACCGUGUUACAACACCUGAUAAAAUUCAACUAAAAUAACUAUUCUAACUGUGUAAACGAAAUUGUAGUUCAGAAAUUGCCAACGAUUAUUUUAUCAUGUAUUAUAUUGUAAAAUAUAAAUAAAACAAAUAUGCAUU